UAGAUAACAUGCUCAAAAUUUCACAGCUGCUGUAAUAGGACGCACACUCGAGUUUUCUCUCUCCCAAAAUCCCACGCAAACUCAUCCAAAACCCUAUUUAAACCCUAAACUUCCCAAAACCUUGAAAAGCCCUAACAAUGGCUUCAAUUGUACCUCGAUCUCGCAUUUUUUCAAUACUGUUGAGAAAUAGGAAACCUGAUCGGCGGUUUUUUAGCUCAAACGUAGACAAAGAGUCGAUCAUCUCUUCUCAGUCUAUCAUCCCCGAUCAAGCCGCGGAGACGGUAGCGCCUGCGGCGGAGCCAGCGGCUGAGGCUGCAGCGUCGGGCUCGGAGAAGAAAGGUUGGAGUUUUUUGAAGUAUGGGAUCAUUUCUUCUCUCACUGGAGCUGCUGGUUAUGCUGGCUACGCAACUUACGCUUAUUCAUUGGAUCAAGUAGAGGAGAAGACGAAGGCAUUGAGAGAAUCUACAAACUAUAAGGCUGGUGAAGAUGCAUCCUCCAUUGAGAAGUAUCAGGCUUUGCUCUAUUCUGCUGCAAUGACAGUCCCUGCUAAAGCAGUUGAACUUUACUUGGACCUGAGGAGGACGAUUGAAGAGCAAGUUAAAGGUUUUACUGAACCUACCUCAGAUAAGCUUCUACCUGAUUUGCAUCCCUCCGAGCAACAUGUUUUUACACUUGUUUUGGAUCUUAAUGAGACGAUUAUUUACAGUGAUUGGAAGCGUGAUAGAGGCUGGCGAACUUUCAAAAGACCUGGAGUCGAUGACUUCUUGCAACACCUUGCAAGGUUGUAUGAAGUUGUGGUGUAUUCUGACCAGCUGAAUAUGUAUGUCGAUCCUGUUAUUGAAAGGUUGGACACCAACCACUGUAUACGAUAUAGGCUAUCAAGGGGUGCUACCAAGUAUCAGGAUGGCAAGCACUAUAGAGAUCUCUCAAAACUCAAUAGAGACCCAGGUAAGAUCAUAUAUGUGAGUGCUCAUGCAUUUGAAAACAGCCUUCAGCCAGAGAAUGGUGUCCAAAUCAAGCCAUUUAAGAUUGAUGAGAAAGGAGAUGAAUCUGUGGAUACAACACUUUUGGAUCUCAUUCCCUUUCUUGAAUAUGUUGCUCGUGCAAGUCCAGCUGAUAUCAGAAAAGUGCUAGCAUCUUAUGACAGGCAGGAUAUUGCAAAAGAGUUCAAGGAACGAUCCAAGGAAACUCAGAGGCGAAUGCAAGAACAGAGGCAACAAGGUUUCUUCUUCAGACGUUGAGGUUGGGGCUAAUGUUAAAAAAACAUAAAUACAUAAUCUGACGUAUUUUUAGGAGAUGUAUUUGAAGCUGCUGUUGUUGAAAGGCACGAAGCCCUUUUUAUUCUUACCAAGAAGCAGCAAUUUCGGAUGAUAAAGUUCUGAUGAGAUCACUUUCUCUUCCUCAUUUAAGUCGUGGGCAAGAGAUAUGUCAUUUUUGCUAUAACAACAAGUUAAAUAUACAUGACAAUUGAGUGUUGGGCGUUCUUUUUUGUUGUUACAUGAACAAUUAAAAAUUUAUAGUAUUGAAAUAAUUAUAGUUCCCUUGCCAGUCUAACCCAUCGAGGAUUCAGAUAACUAGUGAAAUUUGGAGAGCCCGUCAACUGUACAUAUUAUGAUUUGUGAAUACCGAUAAUUUCUGUUCAGUAAUUUGUCAAAUUUGCCAGUCGAAUGUUAAUGUUUUUUGUUA